UUAAUCUGCGUUUAAACAAAGCAAAAGCUUUUGCUUUCAUUCUCCCUCCAGCACACCUUGUUGUGCAUACACCAGCAACUUCCAGUCCAUAUCUUCAUCAUCAUUAUAUUCUCUUAUCCUUUUUAUAAGCAUUAGGAUUCUCUUUUCAGUCUUUUAAACUAGCAGAAAAAAGGCAAGGAGCAGGGGCCUCUGUUUCUGUGGUUUUCAGAGCCAACUUCUACAACCGGGAUCGAUAGAUGAUUGUUCUCAUUUCUUGGCCUCAAAAUCACCUUUGAAAUCAAGACUAUGGUAUCACAGCUACAAGAGCAAUGAAACAUACCUCAACUACCAGCUGUGACACUCCUGCUAAAAAGACGAGAAGAAGAUCAUAGGUCUUGAAGAAGCAAAAGGUCUUAAAUUAACCAAUUAUAUUUUCAAAAGCGGAUUUUGCAGGAAAAAAGAAUUUCAGGGCGGAGACUGCCAUAAGAGGAGCACUCAUCAACCUUGCAGCAAUGAGUUCACCAGCUGUUCCUAAGCCCCAAGAGGACUAUAAACUGAAGGACAUGAAACCCCAGCUUGGGGAGAGGUGGCCGCAUGGAGGACUACGUGGUGGAGGCGGUUGGAUUAGCAGCGAAAGGGCUACGAGCACUUACGAUCUGGUCCAACAGAUGUUUUACCUAUAUGUUCGAGUUGAGAAAGCCAAAGAUCUUCCCACCAACCCUAUAACAGGAAACUGUGAUCCAUAUGUAGAAGUGAAGAUGGGGAAUUUUAAGGGAAAAACUCAGCACUUCGAGAAGAGAACAAACCCUGAAUGGAAACAGGUUUUUGCGUUCUCAAAAGACAAGAUUCAGUCAUCACUUCUUGAAGUUUAUGUCAAAGAAAAAGAAAUGGUGGGAAGAGAUGAUUAUUUAGGGAAGGUGGUCUUCGACAUGAAUGAAGUCCCAACAAGGGUUCCCCCAGACAGCCCUUUGGCACCUCAAUGGUAUAGAUUAGAGGACCGGAGGGGGGAUACCAAGGUGAAAGGAGAGGUUAUGCUUGCUGUUUGGAUGGGAACACAAGCAGAUGAAGCUUUCCCGGAGGCCUGGCAUUCAGAUGCUACUUCAGUUCAUGGGGAGGGAGUUUUCAGUAUCCGAUCCAAGGUUUAUGUUUCACCAAAACUCUGGUAUCUCAGAGUUAAUGUGAUCGAAGCUCAGGAUGUUCAGCCACAUGACAAAAGCCAACCACCGCAAGCUUUUGUGAAGGCUCAUGUUGGAAAUCAGAUGCUGAAAACAAAGCUAUGCCCAACGCGAACCGCCAACCCUCUCUGGAACGAAGAUUUAAUCUUUGUAGCAGCCGAACCUUUCGAAGAGCAGCUGGUGCUUACAGUUGAAAAUAAAGUAACUGCUGCAAAAGAUGAAGUUAUGGGAAAGAUAAUACUGCCACUUGCCAUCUUUGAAAAGCGCUUGGAUCACAGGCCAGUUCAUUCCCGCUGGUUCAACCUUGAAAAAUUUGGCUUCGGUGUUUUGGAAGGAGACAAGAGGCACGAGCAUAAGUUUUCAACCAGGGUUCACCUUAGAGUAUGUCUUGAGGGUGCUUACCAUGUACUGGAUGAAUCUACAAUGUACGUCAGUGAUGUACGGCCCACUGCAAGGCAGCUGUGGAAGAAUCCAAUCGGCAUUCUUGAAGUGGGGAUUUUGAGUGCUCAAGGGAUUCUACCAAUGAAGACCAAGGACGGCAGGGGAACCACAGACGCUUAUUGUGUAGCCAAGUAUGGGCAGAAGUGGGUGCGAACCAGAACAAUCAUUGAUAGCCUCAGCCCGAAAUGGAAUGAGCAAUAUACAUGGGAGGUCUACGAUCCUUGCACUGUGAUCACCUUGGGAGUUUUUGACAACUGCCAUUUGGGUGGAAAUGAGAAACCAGCUGCCGGCAGUGGAGCUCGAAAUGACUCAAGAAUCGGGAAGGUAAGAAUCCGGCUAUCGACCCUGGAAAUGGAUCGAAUUUAUACAAACUCUUAUCCACUUCUGGUUCUGCAACCUUCUGGUUUGAAAAAGAUGGGUGAACUCCAAUUAGCAGUUCGAUUCACCUGUCUCUCUUUAGCACAUAUAAUAUACCUCUAUGGCCACCCGUUACUUCCAAAAAUGCAUUAUCUACAACCCUUCACUGUAAACCAGUUAGAUAGUUUGAGGUAUCAGGCCAUGACCAUUGUAGCAGUAAGGCUAGGUCGAGCCGAGCCGCCGCUGAGGAAAGAGGUUGUUGAGUAUAUGCUGGACGUGGAUUCCCACAUGUGGAGCAUGAGAAGAAGCAAAGCUAAUUUCUUUAGAAUUGUCUCACUGUUUUCUGGUGUAAUCUCUAUGAGCAGGUGGCUUGGUGAGGUUUGUCAUUGGAAGAACCCGGUUACUUCAGUUCUAGUUCAUGUCCUGUUUUUCAUAUUGAUAUGUUACCCAGAAUUGAUCCUUCCAACUGCCUUCCUCUACAUGUUUCUUAUUGGGAUAUGGAAUUUCCGGUUCCGGUCACGGCGUCCUCCUCACAUGGAUACUAAACUUUCAUGGGCAGAAGCAGUUCACCCAGACGAACUAGAUGAAGAGUUUGACACCUUUCCUACAACCAAGGCUCAAGAUGUCGUACGUAUGAGGUACGACAGGCUUAGAAGCGUAGCCGGAAGAAUUCAGACGGUGGUGGGAGAUAUUGCAACACAGGGAGAGAGAUUUCAGACCCUGCUCAGCUGGAGAGACCCAAGAGCAACCAGUCUCUUCAUUAUUUUCUGCCUUAAUGCUGCAGUGGUUCUCUACGUUACACCCUUUAGGAUAGUUGCUUUGCUUGCAGGCAUAUAUUGGCUACGGCAUCCCAAAUUCCGAAGCAAGCUACCCUCAGUGCCCAGCAAUUUCUUCAGAAGACUGCCAUCUCGCGCUGAUAGCAUGCUUUGAGCUGAAAGGAGAUGACACAAGCAUAUGCCAUUCCACUAUCCAAUCAUAUUCUGUUUCUUUACCUUUUUUCCAUUGAAAUCAACAUGGCUUGUAUUUUCUGUUUUUGAAUUCCUGUGUUGUUUGGGACUCGAAUGUCUAGAAAAUGACUAUCUGGUCAAUAAGUUUUGUUUAAGGAUCUUC